AUGGAGAAGGAGGGAGAUCCAUCUGGAGGCUGGCGCUUCGCUCAGUGCUUCGGUGAUAAGGGUGAAGUUGAGGAAAUCACUGAAGCCGACAUCAUCUCGACGGUCGAAUUUGAUCACACCGGUGACUACCUUGCUACAGGUGACAAGGGUGGCCGAGUCGUCCUUUUCGAGCGCAACGACUCUAAAAAGGGCUGCGAAUACAAGUUCCACACCGAGUUCCAAUCUCACGAGCCCGAGUUCGACUACCUCAAGUCGCUCGAGAUCGAGGAAAAGAUCAACAAGAUCAAGUGGUGCAGAAGGCAAAACGCCGCUCACUUCUUGCUCAGCACAAAUGACAAGACAAUUAAGCUUUGGAAGGUAUUCGAGAAGACGCUCAAGUUGGUCGCAGAAAACAAUCACAAUGACAUGGGCUACGCUCAGGUCCGCGACCCAGAUGUCCAUCCAUCACUGCUGCCAGUUCCAACACCAGUACCAGGUAGUGGCGCUGGUCUGCGUCUGCCACGUCUCACACCCGUCGACACCAUCAUUGCUGCUGUGCCAAGGAAGAUCUACGCCAAUGCGCAUGCCUAUCACAUUAACUCGCUCUCAGUCAACUCGGAUGGCGAGACCUACAUCAGUGCAGAUGAUCUCCGAAUCAACCUUUGGAACCUCAACAUCAGCGACCAGAGCUUCAACAUUGUCGACAUCAAGCCUGUAAACAUGGAAGAGCUAACCGAAGUCAUCACUGCUGCCGAGUUCCACCCUAUCCACUGCAAUCAGUUUGUCUAUUCGAGCUCGAAAGGUACCAUCAAGCUUGCCGACAUGCGCGACUCUGCACUCUGCGAUGCGCAUGCCAAGCAGUUUGAAGAGGAGGAGGAUCCAUCAACAAAGUCAUUCUUUAGCGAGAUCAUCAGCAGCAUAUCCGAUGUCAAGUUCAGUCGUGACGGUCGAUAUAUCCUUUCUCGCGACUACCUCACACUCAAGAUCUGGGAUGUUAACAUGGAGAACAAGCCAGUGAAGACCAUUCCUAUUCACGACCACCUUCGUUCCAAACUCUGCGACCUCUACGAGAACGACUGCAUCUUUGACAAAUUCGAAGCCCUCUGGGGUCCUGAUGGCAACAAAGUCCUCACAGGAAGCUACAACAACUACUUCCACAUCUUUGACAAGGAUGACAGCUCCGACGUUGUGUUGCAAGCAGACAAGUCAGCCUUCAAGGCUAAACGAAUGGCAGGAGCAGGCAAGAAGGGAAACAAAGGCGCAGCAAACAGCACAUUGGGUACGCCCGCUCAGAUCAACCUUGACAACCCGGAUUUCAACAAGAAGAUCUUGCAUGCAAGCUAUCACCCGAGAGAGAACACGAUCGCUAUUGCAGCAACAAACAAUCUGUUCAUCUUUUCAGCUAAUAAUCCUGCAGGCAUUCCGAUGGCAUGA